GAAAAUAUCUGGAAAGUAUAAUUCAAGACAGAUAUUCAUUCUGGUGACCUCCAAUAAUUUUUCAAAUUCAUGAAAUCAAAUCUCACAACUCCACUUUGUACUUACACAUGGGUCUUUGCUGGUUUGUUUUAAACAGUUCCGAUAUAAGGACUUUGCCAAAGUCAAGAUAAACUCCGGCGCGUAAUUACGCACGGCUCAUGACAUAUACAGUUUAUAAACCACUAAUGUUCCCUAAUGUGAAAUGCUUGAAAAAUUAACUUGGAGCUUCAGCGUUGCUGUUGAAACAGUAUCAAUGCUCAUUGAUAGGGAGAUUGGGUCAAUACAAAUGGGCUGUUACGGGACAGAAAGGAGAGGUGUGACCAUCCCAAAAGUUUUCUUCAAUGGGGCUACCUGUAGAGGCUCCGGGCGCUGCGCAUAAAUACUCCUCCCUCCUGAGGAUGAGUUCAGUCCUGAGGGAGAGACGCAGAGACGAAAUUAGGCUUUUGGGGGAAUCUGGUCAGGGCGGAUUAUGAACGCUUUUGGACACCAACCAUCCAGCCAGCAGACCAGCCCAAUUCAGCACCACAGCGCUCAGGAGCUCCUGGACAUGGCCGUGUACUGCGAUAACUACGGCGUGUACCAACAGAACCUCCACCACCAUCACCCGCAGAGGCCGCCGACGCACCCCUCCAGCUACGGCCUCGGAGAGUACACGUCCCCCUCCGCGAACCCGUACCUGUGGCUGAACGGACCCGGCAUCAACUCCUCUCCGUAUCUUCCCGGGAACAACGGCGCGAGCUACAUUCAGUCCGGAUACGGGUCGAACCAGAGGCAGUUCUUACCGCCUCCCACCGGGUUUGGUGGAGCAGACCUGGGGUGGCUGUCCAUAUCCAGCCAGCAGGAACUCUUCAAGAUGGUCAGACCACCUUACUCCUACUCAGCACUGAUCGCCAUGGCCAUACAGAACGCGCAAGACAAAAAGUUGACUCUGAGUCAGAUCUAUCAGUACGUGGCUGACAACUUUCCUUUCUACAAGAAGAGCAAAGCUGGAUGGCAGAAUUCAAUCCGCCACAACUUGUCACUGAAUGACUGCUUCAAGAAAGUGGCACGAGACGAGGAUGACCCCGGCAAGGGAAACUACUGGACGUUGGACCCCAACUGUGAGAAGAUGUUCGACAACGGGAACUUCAGGCGGAAAAGAAAAAGGAGAGCUGACAUAAACGGAGCUGACAGCGGCACAUCUCUCCCCGUCAAGUCAGAAGACGGCCCACACAAGCUCUCCGACACCGCCAGCCUUCUGAGCUCCUCCCCGCCCAGCCUUCACGGAUCCCCGGCCUCCACGGAGCCCAAGUCGUCCCCGUCUCCCUCCGCGGAGCACAGCCCGUGUUUCAGCAGCUUCGUGUCCAGCGUGAACUCGCUGCUGGCGGUCAGCGGGCCCGGCGGCAGCGAAGGCUCCCGGGGAGGGGAGAGGGACUACGGAUCCGGGCACCUCGGGUCUCAGACGAUCAGAGAGGGCAUGUCUGGACUGGGCUCCUACUCGCCCACUUUAAUCUCUCCUCUGAACUCUGACAACAACAGAAUGAACUAUUACACAUCAGUACAGAGCAUCUCCAACCAUUUUAGUGUUAAUAACCUCAUUUACAGCCGGGAAGGAACAGAGGUGUAGACGGUCAGAGCUGGAAAAGUAAUUUAUCACUCAUUGUUAGCCUACACAUUUCUUAUAUAGCCUACUGUGAUUACUUAUUUACUGGUCUAGUAGGCCUCAUUGUAAAACUACCACUGGAAUUAAACAAUACUCCUUCCAAACUGGAAAAAAAAAAGAUUUCAGUGUGUUAGAAAAGGAAUAUAAACUGCCACUGCUCCAUUUGUAGAAAACUGUUCAUCUCACACAUCAUCCUAUGGAGAUGUAUCCACCAACUGAUGGAUGCCUACACUACUUUUCUUAAUGCAUAUUGUAGCUGCUCGGUUGGGCCGACUGACUCCCUGUCUUAAAGAAGAAGACACAUGUACAGAAAUUAUUUUCAUAAAGGAAGAAAUGUGACAUGUAUUUUAGACUGAACUGUGUUUUUGUGUGUGUGUUUUAUUUAAACUCAUGUUGAUGUUUGAAUAAAAGUCAU